CUCGCCCAAGAUGGCGAUGGAGGGGCGGGCGAGCCGGCGGCAGCCCGGGCCCCCGCGCCGGCCCCCGCUCGGGCCGGGGCCCCCGAGGCCGCGCCCCCGCCCGCGGCGCCGCGCCUCCCCGGGCCACUGAAGCCCGGCGCGCCCUCCCCCGGCAGCGGCGGCUGAGGCGCGGGGAGGAGGAGGCGGCGGCGGCGGCGGCAGCCCGGGCCCGGCCCCAUGGCGCGGGGGGACGCUGGCUGCGGCGGCAGGCUCCUCGCGCUGACCUUCUGCCUGCUGGCCGCUCGCGGGGAGCAGCCGUUGCCCCGGAAGACGACCGUGUCGCUGAGCUGUGGAGCAGGGCCGCUGCAAGUGAUCCUGGGCCCGGAGCAAGCCACGGUGCUGGACUGCGGUCUGGGGGCGGCUACUGCAGGACACCCCCCCAGCGUCACGUGGAGCAAGGAUGGAGGCAUCCUGCCCGAGCACAGCCACCUUCGCCUGCUACCCAAUGGCUCCCUGUGGCUGUCCCAGCUGCCAGCUCCCGACGGCACUGACCCUGGGGCUUCAGAGGUCAUUGAGGGCAGCUAUUCCUGCCUGGCCCGCAGCCCCGUUGGAGUGGUGGCCAGCCAGGCUGCGGUGGUCAAGCUUGCCACACUUGCAGGUUUCUCCCUGCACCCGCAGUCUCAGACGGUGGAGGAGAAUGGGACCGCUCGGUUUCAGUGCCACAUCGAAGGGCUGCCAGCACCUGUCAUUACUUGGGAGAAGGACCAGGUGACGGUGCCUGAGGAGCCUCGGCUCAUCACCCUUCCCAAUGGGGUCCUCCAGAUCCUGGACGUUCAGAAAGGUGAUGCAGGCUCCUACCGUUGCGUGGCCACCAACUCAGCAAACCAGCGCUUCAGCCAGGAGGCCCUCCUCCACGUGGCCCACAGAGGGUCCCUGGCAUCCAUCGGGGGGCAGGACGUGGUCAUUGUGGCAGCCCCGGAGAACACCACCGUGGUGUCUGGCCAGAGUGUGGUGAUGGAGUGUGUGGCCUCUGCUGACCCCACGCCUUUCGUGUCCUGGGUCCGACAGGAUGGGAAGCCCAUCUCCACCGAUGUCAUCGUCCUGGGCCGCACCAACUUACUAAUCACCAGCGCGCAGCCCCGGCACUCCGGCGUCUACGUCUGCCGAGCUAACAAGCCCCGCACGCGCGACUUCGCAACCGCAGCCGCAGAGCUCCGCGUGCUGGCCGCCCCUGUCAUCUCGCAGGCGCCGGAGGCGCUGUCACGGACGCGGGCGAGCACCGCGCGCUUCGUGUGCCGCGCGUCCGGGGAGCCGCGGCCCACGCUGCGCUGGCUGCACGACGGAGAGCCGCUGCGGCCCAACGGGCGCGUCAAGGUGCAGGGCGGCGGCGGCAGCCUGGUCAUCACGCAGAUCGGCCUGCAGGACGCCGGCUACUACCAGUGCGUGGCCGAGAAUGGCGCGGGCACGGCGUGCGCCGCCGCGCCUCUGGCAGUAGUGGUGCGCGAGGGGCUGCCCAGCGCUCCCACGCGGGUCACCGCCACGCCGCUGAGCAGCUCCGCCGUUCUGGUGGCCUGGGAGCGGCCCGAGCUGCACAGCGAGCAGAUCAUCGGCUUCUCCCUCCACUACCAGAAGGCACGGGGCAUGGACAAUGUGGAAUACCAGUUUGCAGUGAACAAUGACACCACUGAGCUACAGGUUCGGGACCUGGAACCCAACACAGACUAUGAGUUCUACGUGGUGGCCUACUCGCAGCUGGGGGCCAGCCGCACCUCCACCCCAGCACUGGUCCACACACUGGAUGAUGUCCCCAGUGCAGCGCCCCAGCUCUCCCUGUCCAGCCCCAACCCCUCGGACAUCAGGGUGGUGUGGCUGCCCCUGCCCCCCAGCGUGAGCAAUGGGCAGGUGGUGAAGUACAAGAUAGAGUACGGUUUGGGAAAGGAAGAUCAGAUUUUCUCCAUCGAGGUGCCAGGGAAUGAGACACAGUUUACACUGAACUCGCUUCAGCCCAACAAGGUGUAUCAAGUGCGGAUUUCGGCCGGCACAGGGACCGGCUACGGGGCCCCCUCCCAGUGGAUGCAGCACAGGACGCCCAGUGUGCACAACCAGAGCCACGUCCCUUUUGCCCCCGCAGAGCUGAAGGUACGGGCAAGGAUGGAGUCCCUGGUCGUAUCAUGGCAGCCACCCCCUCACCCCGCUCAGAUCUCUGGCUACAAACUGUACUGGCGAGAGGUGGGGACAGAGGAGGAGGAGGCAGAUGGCGAGGGCCCUCCAGGGGGCCGUGGAGACCAGGCUUGGGAUGUGGGUCCUGUCCGGCUCAAGAAGAAAGUGAAGCAGUAUGAGCUGACCCAGCUAGUCCCUGGCCAGCUGUACGAGGUGAAGCUCGUGGCAUUCAACAAACACGAGGAUGGCUAUGCGGCAGUGUGGAAGGGCAAGACGGAAAAGGCUCCCACCCCAGACCUGCCCAUCCAGAGAGGGCCACCCCUGCCCCCCGCCCAUGUCCAUGCGGAAUCAAACAGCUCCACAUCCAUUUGGCUUCGGUGGAAAAAACCAGACUUCACCACAGUCAAGAUUGUCAACUACACGGUGCGCUUCAGCCCCUGGGGGCUCAGGAAUGCCUCCCUGGUCACCUAUUACACCAGCUCUGGAGAAGACAUCCUCAUUGGCGGGCUGAAGCCAUUCACCAAAUACGAGUUUGCGGUACAGUCCCACGGCGUGGACAUGGACGGGCCUUUCGGCUCCGUAGUGGAGCGCUCCACCCUGCCUGACCGGCCCUCCACGCCCCCAUCUGACCUGCGCCUGAGGCCCCUGACGCCAUCCACUGUUCGCCUGCACUGGUGCCCCCCCUCGGAGCCCAACGGCGAGAUCGUGGAGUAUCUGAUUCUCUACAGCAGCAACCGUACCCAGCCUGAGCACCAGUGGACCCUGCUCACCACCGAGGGAAACAUCUUCAGUGCUGAGGUCCACGGCCUCGAGAGCGACACUAGGUACUUCUUCAAGAUGGGGGCGCGCACGGAGGUGGGGCCUGGGCCCUUCUCUGGCCUGCAGGAUGUGAUUACUCUCCAGGAAAAGCUUUCAGACUCUUUGGACGUGCACUCCGUCACGGGCAUCAUCGUGGGCGUCUGCCUGGGCCUCCUCUGCCUCCUGGCCUGCAUGUGCGCUGGCCUGCGCCGUGGCCCCCACCGGGAAGCCCUCCCGGGCCUGUCCUCCACGGCCACUGCUGGGAACCCCACGCUGUACUCUCGAGCCCGCCUUGCCCCCCCCAGCCCCCCGGCUGCCCAUGAACUGGAGUCCCUUGUGCACCCCCGUCCCCAGGAUUGGUCCCCACCGCCCUCAGACAUCGAGGACAGGGCUGAAGUGCACAGCCUUAUGGGUGGUGGCGGUCCUGACUGCCGGGGUCACUCCAAGAGAAAGAUCUCCUGGGCUCAGCACGGUGGGCUGAGCUGGGCAGGUUCCUGGGCAGGCUGUGAGCUGCCCCAGGCAGGCCCCAUGCCCUCUCUGACCCGGGCGCUUCUGCCUCCUGCUGGAACCGGGCAGACGCUGUUGCUGCAGGCUCUGGUGUAUGACGCCAUAAAGGGCAAUGGGAGGAAGAAGCCGCCCCCAGCCUGCAGGAACCAGGUGGAGGCCGAGGUCAUUGUCCACUCUGACUUUAGUGCAUCCAAAGGGAACCCUGACCUCCACCUCCAAGACCUGGAACCCGAGGAUUCGCUGCCUUCAGAGGCUGCUGACCUCACUUUGGGUGUUAUGAAUCUCAGGCAAGGGGCAGACUGGCUGGACAGGGAGCUGGGAGGGUGUGAGCAGGCAAGCCCUGGGCCAGACAGACUUACCUGCCUGCCAGAGGCAGCCAGUGCUUCUUGCCCCUACCCGGAUCUCCAGCCCAGUGAGGCUCUGCAGGAGGCCCCGGGGAACAGCUGCCAGCCAAAGGCCCCCUGCCCUCCAGCAGCCAGCCCAGGCCUGCCCAGAGCCCCAGUCUCCUCCUCUGCUUAGCUCCCUCGAGGGCACAGUUUGGGGCAGGCUGGUAUGGAUCGUGGGACAUGACAUGGGUGGCCACACAUGUACAUGUGUCUGCCUGCAGGUACUGACCAUCAUCAAGCCCUUUGGAGCCUCCUAGGGUGCUCUGGCUCAGGGGAGAGGAAGAAGUGGGUUGUUCACUCUUCCCCACCCAUGCUCUGUGACACGUGUGGUAGGCGAGAGACACGUGAAGCACAGCUAUACGUGCUGUACACGUGUGAAGCGCGUGUGCGUGUGCUGGUUGGUGAACUGGGAAACCUUGGCCCGGGCAGUGGUCACUACGGCCUACUCCGUCCUCCAGGUCAGGACAGUGCCCAGCCCUGUGGGCCCCCACCUCCGUCACCCAGCCUUUUAUUACACACUCUGAGAGUGUCUCCAGUGCCCUGUCUGACAGAGACAGCCCCAGCCCACUUCCUGUCUGGCUGGGCUGAGUGCAAGCAGGCUCUGAAUGCCUAACGCUUUAGCUGCAUCACCUCUGCCAUGUCCCCGGUGCCCAAAUUGAGAGGGUGACUCUGGCUCCCCUCAGAGCAGCUCUGCAUCUAGUGUUGUAAUUGGGGAAGUGCCUGGUUUUGAAAAUCUGCUUUCUCUUGCUCUCCCCUCCUUCCUCCCCGCUCACUCCUCUAGUGCCUGUCUCCCAGUCGCCCUGCUCUCCCAAUCCUAGCGCCCUUCUUUUCCUCCCUGAUACCCUUUCCUUUCCUCUCUGCGCUUUCUCU